AACCCCGCUCACAGCAGCGAACACACUCCGUGAACUUCCAUCAGUUGCUCCCUGAGCGGCAGCGGAGCGGCGCGAGUUGUUAACGGGACGGAGGAAGCAGGGACCGCGGCAGAUGACACCAUGAAGCUCCCUCUGCUCCUCAUGAUGAUGCUGAUAAAGACCUGUGGCAGCAGAACAAUGACAGAGACGUUCUCUGACAGAGGAGCCAGAAUCAGACGCUACGCCAUCAACCCACUGGGAAACAAGUGGGGUCAUCACAACAUCACAUACAGGAUCAUCAAGUUCCCCAACACUCUGAACAAGGAGGACACCCGGAAGGCCAUCAGCAUCGCCUUCACAAAGUGGAGCGAUGUGUCUCCGCUGACCUUCACUGAGGUUACAGAAGGCAACGCCACUGCUGACAUCACCAUCGGUUUCUACACCUUUAACCACACCGAUUGCUGGUGGUCUCCUCUUCACCCCUGCUUUGAUGGCCUGAAUGGAGAGUUGGCACACGCCUUCCUGCCGCCACGAGGAGAGAUCCAUUUUGACAACCAUGAGUUCUGGAUCCUUGGGAAGUCCAGGUUCAGCUGGAAACAAGGAGUCUGGCUGAAUGACCUGGUCCAGGUGGCUGCUCAUGAGAUUGGUCACGCUUUGGGUCUGUGGCACUCCAGGGACCCAGAGGCUCUGAUGCAUCCCAACGCCACGUACACCGGACAGAGAAACAUUGCUCAGGAUGAUGUGUGGGGGAUCCAAAGACUCUAUGGAUGCCGGAACAAGAAGAGAGUCUGUGAUCCAUGGGCUCGCCUUGGAUUCUGUGAAAGGAGAAGGACCUUCAUGAGGAAGAACUGCCCUCAGCGCUGUGAUCUCUGCUAUGAGCCCCUGGAUGUGGUCACCACGCCGACGUCACCUCCAGCAAAUGUAAAGAUAAAGAUGGUUCCUCGAGGGAAGGUUGUUGGUUUCCGUUGUGGGACCAAAACCCACCGCUCACCCCCCAAAGUCAGUUGGUACAAAGACGGAGAGCAGAUCUUAACCUCCAUCCCUGGUUACAUCGUAAUGAAGGACAGAGACCUCCGCAUCGUCGCAAAUGAGUUCAACGAGGGCGUCUACACCUGCCGGAUCCACCGGCGUGGGGACAUCGUAUCGGCUAAUUCUUGGGCCAUUCGACUGAAACCAGAGCAGCCGUCAAACAGCUGAGAACAUCUUGAGUGAUGGACACAGGGACAGGAGACGCCAAGGGAAUGGGGAGCCUUGUUUUGGGAUAUAAUAACCCCGAAGAACAGUCCAUCAGUAUUUAGUGUUGGAUAAUCGGGAGCUUCUCACGAAACAUGAAUUGCAUAAUGUGAUUUGCUGGCAGCCAGCAGGGUGUCACUCUCCGGAGUCAACUGUCUGAUGGGGAAACAAGGAUCUAGAAUCUUACAGAUGCUCUGGGGGGUGGAUCAGAACUUAUCUCACCUCCUCAGAAUCUGUACUAAAGUCAGGGACAUCAAGAAAUUUCACAAAGUUCUGUGAGAGUCAGCUUCAUCUCAGGGAAACUAUAAACACAAGUCAGUAGUCUAACUGAUGUUUCCUUUGCUCUGCUAGUGAUUCACCAUCUCAUUUAGGCUGAACAUCCUGCCCUCUAUGACUUACAUAACUGAUCGAAACAUAACAAGACCACAGCAGAUUUGAAAAACCUUCACCAUGAAAUCAUCAGUUCUCUGCUCCGCUCCCAGGCAUCCUAAAAUGGUCAUCUAUUAGACGUCUUUGUGACCUUGGCAUUAUCUGUCGACUUUAUUUUAUGUCUGGGAUUUUUUGUGUCUCCAUCAUCAAUUUCAGCUCUGCUAUGGAAAAGAAAACAAUAAUUUUUCUCGUACCUGACUAAGAUUUCUCUUUAGUUGAUGAUAGUAAAUGAUCCAACCUGUGUCAUCUGCGCAACUUUGGUCUUCCGAGCCAAGCUGUUUGUUUCUGCAGAGAAGAACGUACAAAAUAGAAGACAUUGAGUUAUUAUUCACGAGUCGUUUUCCACAAUGGCGGUCAAACAAACAAAACAAGCCGGUAAGGUACCAAACAGGAAAAAAGCAUAGUGUAAAGCAGAUGUAGAUUUGACCAAUAAGAGGCCUCCUGUCUGCGGUCACCUACAAUUUUGGAGAGGUGCAGCAGAGUUUCUGCGCAAGAGGCGGAGGCACAUCUGCGCUAACUGCGACACAAACACAGACCUGGAUUCUGAGUAUAAAUCAGCCUUAAGGACAACCUAGAGAUGCCAAUUAACCUAACAGUCAAGGUUUUGAACUGUGGAGGAAGCCAGAGUACCCAGAGAGAACCCACACAUGCACAAAGAGAACUGUAAUAAGAGGCAUCGUUUGUGAUGAAUCCCACUAGUGCUGUGUCGUCUGCAAACUUCUUUAUAUGAUAUUUUGACCAUAUCAUAUGGUGGGGGGACGACCGAACCGACCCAGUGAUGGUAUGCUUCCCCCCGCCUGCCUUACCGGGCAGGCAGGGAGAAGCACAGGGCCGCUGUUGUCCAGGCUACCGUCACUGGGUCAUGUGCUGUUGCCCCGUCCACCGCUGGCUCCCUGUUUUGACUACGUGGUGCACUGUUGUCGACCAAAAUCCCAGAUGAUUUUGAAAUUAAAAAUUGAAUUGAAAAGUUGGACAUGUCCCAAAAAAGAGGACUUCUGGUCACUCUACUAUAUGGUUGCUUUAUUGUCUUGCUGUGCAUUCACAGACUAAAGAAGGGGACUCAUUACCCAGCCCAGGGUGAGCUAUUGCUGAGGGUGAUGGUGGAAGAGAUGGUGUUGUCAACCCUGCAAUUCUGAGGUCUGUUGUCCAGGAAGACCAGGACCCAGUUCUCAGUGUGGAAGAGCUUUCUGUGCUAAGGUCUAUGGGAUGAUGGUGCUGAAGGCCAAGGAGAAAUCCAAGAACAACAGACAGAUAUAGGAGUUUGCCCUCUCCAGGUAGUGAGGGCUGUGUUCACCACCGAUGAGAUGGCAUCAGCAGUGGAUUGGUUCCUCUUGUAGGCAGACUUGUGUGUCCAAUUUGACAUUUUGCAUCUCUGUUGUAGCCCAUAAUACAUUUGAUGCACUUUCACAUGUGCUGUGGACCAUUUUAUUUUGUGGGCAUAUGUUGCUUUGUACCAUUACGAUGCCUGCAGUCAGUUUUUCCUCACUUACGGGGAGUACAGAUAUGACUCACCUGUCCUAAAAACAGCAUCCCUAGCUGGUGAAGACUCCCAGUCAUUCAGGUCAUAGCCAUUCCUAAAAAGGUUAAAAAACAAUUCACUUGACUUUGUUUCCAAGUUUUAAGACGUUUCACUUCCCAAUUCACAUUUUGAAUUGAAAAAGCUUCCUAGAUAGAAAGUGAAACAUCUUAAAACUUGGUAACAAAGUCCAGUGGAUUGUUUUUUAACCUUUUUGAAGCAUCCCUAGCUUUUAUCCGAGCUCUUGCCUCAGCAUUCAGCCAGUGUUUCUGGCUUAGAUAGCAGGUCUACCAUCCUGGUGGUAACAUCAUCAGCACUUUCGGAGGUGAAGCUGAGAACAGAAGAGGGGAAUUCCUCCAGGUGUGCCCAUAUGUAGCCGCCUCUACAAAGACCUACCAAUCUGUGCACUGAAAACAGUCCAGUAGCACAGCGGCUACAUCUCUGAGCCACAUGGUGGCUGUGUUCUUAGUUAGCCUAAUCCAUCUCAUCAGCUGUUGAUAUGCUGGCACCAGCAGGAUGGAAAUAUAGUCAGAGGUGCCAAGAUGGGGUCAAAGAAGAGCUCUGUGUGAAUCCGAAAUGUUAGUCUAUACACAGUCCAAAGUGUUU